AUGAGACUCCGCGAGACCAUCCGCCUGCCCAAUCGCCUCAACGAAGAGGCGCACACUUACACGACCCCAAGAAGAGCGCCACGUCGAGCCAUCAGUUCCUAUCAGUGUAGGGCCGAUACUUUUAAUCCCAAACUCCCCCCUGCGGCUUUUCCCACGUUGGAUCGACCGCGCCCCCCGCAGCUUCGCCCCGAUAAACUGAAUCACGAGGUCGAAGACCAUGACCGUCGCAAGCGCUCCUACGAAUGCAUGAUCAAUGAUGAUGAUGAUGUCGAUGACCCUGUCUUAGAGACGGGUGCGGCAACCCGUGAUGAAUGCGAGGAGAUACCCGUCGAGCAGUUUGACAACUCGAUUGCGAGCAAUGGCGAGCUCAACCUGAUUUACGUCAAGAACAUGGCCAUCAUGGCAGGGGCAGAGCCGGAGAGUGCGACGUUCGAGAAAAGUAUGGAGGAUAGUGACACGGACGGGGAGGAUGAAGAGCUUGUCAUAGAACCACUUACGGCUUCCCAAUGGCGCGAUCUAUUACCGCAAAUGCAGGUUGAAGUCUUCGAGAAUGUGGAGGAAAGCCAUAGUCGACCCGCCAGGAUCUUGCUUGGGAUCUCGGAAGAGGAGAUGAAGGAGCUAGAGCGCAAUCGAGGACUUCGCGCAAAGCAGCUGGAGAAGGAAGACCGGCUCCUGGAGGCGAUGCGUGCGAAGCAGCUCAGAGCGAUUCUUCGGACCAACAAUGUCACCCCGCGAGCCAGUCAGGUUCAGCCGAAACUGGCAUGUCAGAUGGUGCUGCGCCGGUAUCUUCGCAAGAUUAAGGGGGCUGUCGCACCGGAUUUCCUGAUCUGUCCGGCCGAUGAGGUACUCCGCGCUCGACGGUUUCUGCUGAAAUGUGGAUUGGACGGAAGACUUGCAGGCGAUUGGACGGGUUAUAUGACAGGAUUGCAGGUUUCGGUUGAUGAUCUGCGUCGUGGGUUGGAAAAGAGCACUGUCCCUGAGCUUCGUGCUUCUGAUUCAUCUGGCAUGAGCUCUGCGGGUGAUGCUGCAAUUGAUAACAGAACGUUGCGAGUGACCGAUAGAACAUCGGCUCAGGUAUCCUUGAUCAACUGCAUUGGUACAAAGAGCCCAUCUAUGCUGAAGGAUAUCUUGUCAUGCCAGGGUCAUGUCAAUGAUCCUCCGAGAUGGCUGCUUCUCUGUCAUCGGGACACAAGCAAGAACUUUCACCAUCCCAAUUGGGACAAUCAUGUCGAAACUCGCCUUAUCAGUGAGGAAAAGUUGGCUCAGAGAACACAUCCCGAGUUGCAGUACAUACAACCAAAGAAUACCUUCAAGGACUUUCCUCCACUAAGUUGGAUUUUCUUCGAGCAUUGUGGUCCGAUACUUGUCACACGAAAAGGCGACACUACUACAACGUCCGGUGCGAACGAGCACCACAAGAGACAUGCCGACGCCUUGACUGGAACAUCCCAGAGAGCAGCUAGUGGGACCAUGUCAAUUGGCUCGGGCCAGUCCGGUGGGAUGAAACGUAUGACAGUCUCCAUGCGUAUCAGAAACCAGAUCAACGGAAUGGUGGUGGAAGCACACAAGAGAAUGUCAGAAGGAGCGGCCAGGGAAGCCCAGCAAGAUGAACCAUCCAAAUCCCGCAAAUUGCUACCUGAAGAGAUAUGGACCCCUCCUACAAGUCCUUCUCAAGUGCUUUGCACGACAGAUCUUAUGUCGCUACAAGAUGGUGACAAUGAUGCCUUCGCUGAAAGCGUGGAACUUCCGAGAAUUGAGGAUACGCAGGCGGAAUUGUCUGAGAGCGUAGAGGAUGAAAUGCUCAGUCAAGAUACAGAGGCGUCAUCACAUACCACCUGCGAGCUAGGCUCCGGAUUAGAGGCAAAGGAGCAAUCGAACAGCGCCAAGCCGGACGUUGAUACAAGGUCUGAAAGCGAAUCCGUCGAAAGUGAUGCAGAUGAAUAUGAUACUGCGGACGAAAUGAUCCUUGUGCAGGUACCAACCUAA